AUGAAAACUCCAAUUAAUGCAUUAUUAGAGGCCUCGCUCCUACGUGACGCGGCUGAGCCAUUUCAACUAAGCUUCCAAGAUGCUGCUAGUCCUGUUAUGGAAGAGAUUUUGUUUCUACAUAACCAAAUUAUGUUUAUUUUAAUUAUUAUAAUAACAACUGUAUUGUGGUUGAUUAUAAGAGGAUUAACAGGCCAAGCUUAUCAUCGCUAUCUUAUUGAGGGGGUUACGAUAGAAAUUGUUUGGACUAUAAUACCGGCAGUUAUACUAGUGUUUAUAGCAUUCCCUUCUUUGAAACUACUUUAUUUGAUGGAUGAGAUAGUAGAACCCGGUGUGACAGUAAAAGCCAUAGGUCAUCAAUGGUAUUGGUCUUAUGAGUAUUCAGACUAUCAAACUACCUUAGGUGAAGAUAGUACCUUAGAAUUUGAUUCUUACAUGAUACCUACGAGUGACCUUCAACCCGGCGAUCUCCGACUAUUAGAAGUUGACAAUAGAAUGGUUGUUCCUAUUGAUACUUAUGUAAGAGUUUUAGUUACAGGCGCAGAUGUACUUCACUCAUUUGCUGUACCUUCAUUAGCUAUUAAAAUGGAUGCUGUGCCUGGACGUCUUAAUCAAACCGGGUUUUUAGCUAAAAGACCGGGAUUAUUUUAUGGUCAAUGUUCCGAGUUAUGUGGUGCUAAUCACUCUUUUAUGCCCAUUGUUAUAGAGGCUGUUAGCAUGGAUAAAUAUAUCAGCUGGCUAUCUUCAUUAUGUGCUGAUCUUUAG